AUGAGUGAAGCGGACAUCAAGCAGAUGAACGACAUGCGCAAAGGGGGCAUUGGCGUCUCCCGAAUCUACUGUUUUAUGGCGAGCCUGGCCGGUGGGUAUCAUAAUGUCCCGUACACAACAAGGGACAUGCACAAUGUAAAUGCGAAGCAACGAAGGGAGGGUGGCCUAGAUGCGGAAUCAUGCCUAAGAUAUCUCCAAGAGUGCAAGGCAAAUGAUCCAACACUGUACUACAAGGAAGUUGUUGACGGUGAGGGCGUGUUGCAAUACCUUUUUUGGUGUGACAGCACCAGCCAAAUUGAUUACCAGGUGUUUGAAGACGUGGUUGCGUUUGAUGCAACGUACAAGAAAAAUGUUUACCUUUCACCUCUUGUAGUAUUCUCCGGUGUGAAUCACCACAACCAAAUGGUUGUCUUUGCCGCUGCACUGGUGGCAGACGAGAAAAAAGAGACCUAUGUCUGGCUGCUUCAGCAGUUGCAAACUUCAAUGAAAUGGAAGGCUCCCGUGUCCAUAAUAACCAACGGUGACAAGCAAACGAAGUCUGCGAUCGAGCAAGUUUUUCCAGAGGCUCACCAUCGACUCUGCGCUUGGCAUCUACUCCGAAACGCCACGAGCAAUAUCGGAAAGCCCAAAUUCACCAGGAUGUUUAGGGAUUGCAUGCUCGGCGACUACGAGGUCCGAACAUUUCAGAGAAAGUGGUUUGAGAUGGUUGAGAAAUUUGGCAUCGCCAAUAAAAGAUGGGUACAGGAUAUGUACGAGAGAAGGCACAGUUGGGCCACAGCACACAUACGGGAAAAGUUCUUUGCUUAA